AUGGAAGCAAAAGAAAAGGGAAAUCAAACCACAGUCACCCAUUUUAUACUCAUGGGUUUUGGAGAUGUCCAGCAGUUCCAGAUUCCUCUCUUCCUGCUCUUCCUAGCUGUUUACAUUGUGACUGUGUCAGGGAAUCUCCUCCUCAUUGUCCUGGUGGUGACCAACCAGCACAUUCACACUCCCAUGUACUUCUUCCUGGGGAAUUUGUCAUGCUUGGAGAUCUGCUACAGCUCUACCAUUGUGCCCAGGAUAAUGACCACUUUAAUGGCUGAUGAUAAGGCUGUCACAUUCAGCAGUUGUUUAACUCAAUAUUUCUUCUUUACUAUUUUAUUAGGGGCUGAGAGCCACUUGCUCUCUGUUAUGUCUUAUGACAGGUACUUAGCAAUAUGCAAACCGCUGCAUUAUACAACACUUAUGAGCAUCACAGUAUGCAUCCAGCUAGCAGCCAUUGCAUGGAUUAAUGGAUUAAUAGUUGGCUUCAUACUGAUAACUUUUAUGCUGGAGUUUACCUUCUGCGGGCCCAACAAAAUUGAUCAUUACUUUUGUGAUAAUGGCCCACUGCUCAAACUCUCCUGCAAUGACACCAGUGUGGUGGAAAUUGCAACCUUCAUCUUGGCAUUCAUUUUCACCAUGCUGCCAUUCUUUCUAACUACAGUAUCUUACGUAUAUAUUAUAAACACCAUCCUCAGAAUCCCAUCCAGCACUGGAAGGAAAAAGGCCUUUUCCACGUGUUCCUCACACCUGAUUGUGGUCUCCUCUUAUUAUCUAUCUUUAAUUAUUGUAUACUUGUUGCCAAAGACAGAAGGCAUGAGACAAGUAAACAAAAUCUUGUCUCUCUUGUAUACAGUCCUUCCACCUCUGAUCAAUCCUGUCAUAUACAGUCUGAGAAACAAGGAAGUCAAGGUGGCUCUGAGAAAGCUUUUCAGAAAGGUUGAGACUUUCCAGCCAGCUCAGACUUGCCCAGCUCAAGUUUUGAAGCUCAAUAAAAAAUGA